ACGGACGUCAAUUCGACCCGACGAGCCUUCCCGUUCCCUUCUUUCUUUCUCCGCCACGUCGCCAUUUUUCUUGACAGCCCAGUUCCCGUCCGUGCUCACUUUCCACUCUUCCCCAUCAUGGCGGGCCUGUUCAAGAACAUGUUUGGCGGCUCCCAGCCAUCGGGGUCAGCAAAGGUUGAGGAUGACUUUGCCGACUUCGUAAAAGCGCCUGAGCCGUCUCCUGCAUCUAUCCUGGCAGCUGCGCCAUCUGGUGUUCCUGCAUCUAGUACCCCGGGCGUCGACGCCGUCCCGUACACGAAAUGGUAUCGGGUCUGGGAGCGGACCUCCCCGAAAGACUUCCUUCAGGAGGCAAUGGUCAUGCCAUUCAUCCUGCUGAUCGUUGUCUUCCAUCUCUGGGGCACGCGGAAGAAUCGACGCAAGGCUCGGGAGUGGGCUCAGGUUCAUGCGCCCGCUCUCCAGAAUGAGUUCGCGGUCGUCGGGUUUGAUGGCAUUCAGAAACCUGAGACCGUCUCGGUGCUGACCUCGCCGGAAGCUAUCCUGAAGGAGAAAACGGCCCAAGAAUUCGCCUCCUACGCUACUGGCCGGCAGAACGUGGCCUUUGUUGACGUCGCCAUCAAGUUGCCGAAGCGCUACAACCCGAUCACCUACUGGAUGGAUGUAGUUUUUGGUUUCUUGUUUGAGAGCUGGCCUAGCCCCACCGAGACCUACGAAGCUAUUGCCUACACUUUCGAUGGCAAGGAGAAGGAUAUCGUGCCGGUUCCGGCUAAGGAUACCUCUCCUCUGAAGGUGAACAACUCGACCUACGAUGGAUUUAUCUGGGCUGUUGUGCACAAGAACUACAUGCGCGAGUUCCGUCAGGAUCGCUACGAUGCUUCUAUGACUUUCACCAAGGAGAACUCGAAGCUUCCAUCCUGGGUGACCGUCAUGACGGAAAGUGCUGAGAUUACCGACACACUGCUUAACCCGGAAUUGAUCCAGGCCAUCGAAAAGGCCGGUGAUGACUUCAAAUAUCUUAUCGUCACUGAUCAGCCUACUGACAAGCCUUUGAAGAUCGAGGAAACUACCCCACGGAAACGCGUCCAUAUCUGCAUGUCUCUCCCCUCCUCCGCUUCCGGUUAUGCCUCUUCCUUGCCACUAUUCAACCAGUUCCUUCGUUUCACCGAUAGGCUCGUUGCAGUUGCUCACUUCCGUGCCGAAGUGAUGCGCAAGGUCCGCCACUCGCGCGAGGAGGAGAUCAAAAAGCUCCGUCGCGCGGAUGAGGAAGAGAAGGCUGAGGAGCGUAAGCUAGCUGCCGAGAAGAUCAAGAAGGAGGAGCGGGAGCGCAUACUGCGUGGCAUGACCGCUGAUGAGCAGCGCAAGUUCCUUGAGCGUGAGCGUGAGAGAGGUCAGAAGCGUUCCAUGAAGAAGUAUGUCAAGAGGUAGUGGGGUCUCUCGCGGAAAGAAAUCGGAUAGGAUAUGGAACCAGCUGGGGAAAAGUG